AUGACCAAGGACACAUGUACUGGCGCACGGCGCGUGAUCAACUGCGUAGCGCAGCUGCCGUUCCGGACGCAGGCGCGCGGCGCGGACUGGCAGGUGGAGCCCACAGCGGGCAACUCGGCGCUGCACGCGUCGCUGACGCGGCUGGGCGACGGGUGGGAACAGCACGUGGUAGGCUGGACCGGCGAGGUAGGCAGCGCGGACGGAGAGGCGCCGCAGUACCUGACGGCGGAGGAGCGGGCGGCUGCCGCGGGUCGGCUGCAGGAGCGGGCGGGCGGGCUACGGCUGCACCCGGUGUGGCUGCUGCGCAAGGACCAGGCGCGGUGGCGGGCGUACGCGGAGAACGUGCUGUGGCCGGCGCUGCACUACAUCCUGAACCCGCCGUCGGACGGGCAGCAGGAGAACACGUGGUGGUACGACUACGUUCGGUUCAAUGAGGCGUACGCGAUGAAGGUGGCGCAGGUGUACCGGCCCGGGGACGUGGUGUGGGUGCACGACUACCAGCUGAUGCUGCUGCCGCAGCUGCUGCGGAUGCGCUUCGGCGACGCGCUGAUCGGGUACUUCCACCACUCGCCGUGGCCGAGCAACGAGUACUUCCGCUGCUUGCCGAAGCGCAAGGAACUGCUGGACGGGCUGCUGGGCGCGGACCGGGUGUGCUUCCAGAACGAGGGCUUUGCGCGGCACUUUGUGUCGAGCUGCAUGCGGCUGCUGGGCGCGGAGGCGAGCGGGGAGACGGGUGCGGACGGCACGGUGUACCGGAUCAGCGCCUACGGGGGUGACGUGUUGGUGGACUGCCUGCCGCUCGGCGUUGACACGGAACAGCUGCUGGAGGAGGCGUUCACGGAGGACGUGGACGCGAAGGUGCAGGAGAUUCGCCGCGCCUACGAGGGCAAGCACAUCAUUCUGGGGCGCGACCGCCUGGAUGCCGUGCGCGGCGUGGUGCAGAAGCUGCAGGCGUUCGAGAUGUUCCUGACGAUGUACCCUGAGUGGAAGGACAAGGUUGUGCUGAUCCAGGUGAGCAGCCCCACCGGCAUGGAACGCGACCACCGCGUCGAGGUCCAGGCGAACGAGCUGGUCAAUUCGAUCAACGCGCAAUUCGGCGAUCUGAACUUCAAUCCGGUGCAGCACUACCACAUGCGCAUUCCAAAGAACGUUUACUAUUCGCUGCUGCGCGCGGCGGACCUGUGCGUGGUCACGUCUGUCCGGGAUGGGAUGAGCACUACGGCGCUGGAGUACGUGACGGUAAAGUCGCGCUCGUCCAGCCUCGGCUGCUACGCAAGCCCGCUUGUGCUAAGCGAGUUUUCCGGCAGUAGCACCGUCCUGCAGGACGCUAUGAUCGUGAACCCCUGGGACUCGGUGGCCGUUGCGAAGGCAAUAAAGAAGGCCCUCUCUCUCUCCGAGGAGCAGAAGGGUAAGCUAGAGCGUGCACUGUGGCAGCACGUGCCCACCGUACAGGACUGGACCUCCAAGUUCCUGGAGGGCAUGCUGACACUGCAGGACCAGAAGGACGCCUCGGAGCACAAGCCCUCCACCAAGGUUACGCCCGCUUUGAACAGGCCUCUGUUGUUGCAGAACUACGAAAAGGCCCAGAGGCGUUUGUUUUUGUUUGACUACGACGGCACACUAACCCCAAUUGUCCAGGAUCCUGCCGCUGCCAUCCCUAGCGCUCGCCUGUUGAGCAUUCUACGGAAGUUGGCCCUCGACCCGAAGAAUCAGAUUUGGAUCAUCUCCGGCCGCGACCAGAAAUUUCUCUCCCGCUGGUUAGGCGACCGUCUGCCACAACUCGGCCUGAGUGCGGAACAUGGUUGUUUCAUGAAGGACGUUUCCAACAGCGAAUGGAUCAACCUAGCCUCCAAAUUUAACAUGUCAUGGCAGAUCAAAGUUGCUGAGAUCAUGGAAAAGUACACCAAAAAGACUCCUGGGUCCUUUAUAGAGCGCAAGAAGGUUGCGCUGACCUGGCAUUAUAGGCGUGCGGACCCGGAGCUUGCGGAAUACAGCGCGGCACAAUUAAAGGAAGAGCUGGAGGCUAUAGCCAGCGGCCUUGAGUUGGAAGUUAUGGAGGGAAAAGCUAACCUGGAAGUCCGUCCGAAGUUCGUCAAUAAGGGUGAGAUUGUCAAGAGACUUGUGUGGCACCCUCACGGUAGUAACCAAACUACCGAGGAUGAAUUCAAGAUCGAUGAGAACGUCUCGAAGGACAAGCUGCCUGACUUUUUGUUGUGCCUGGGCGACGACUUUACCGACGAGGAUAUGUUUAGGCAGCUCAUCGACAUCGAGGAUAAGUGGGCGGAGAAGUUCCCUAAUGAUAGAAACGAAUGGGGACACUACGGUAUUUACCCUUGUACCGUCGGCCCUGCCUCGAAGAAAACCGUUGCCAAAAACCACCUAACCGAGCCGCAACAAGUGCUAGAUACCCUGGGCCUGUUGGUUGGCGACGUUUCUUUGUUCCAGAGUGCUGGUACAGUGGACUUGGACGAUAGAGGCCAUUUAAAAAACAGCGAGAGUAGCAUGAAGUCUGAGCGGGCGGGGGUGGCUUAUGCUAUGAAGCGAAGCAGUUCAUACAAAACUGAUAGAAACUAA